GUCUGGCGGUGCACGCGUGCCCGGGUCCGCCAGCGGCCAGCCCGAGUGUCCAACAGGAAGACUCCGCGGCGGCCGCGUGACCCGAACCCGGCCGACAGGCGCCGGCGGUCCAGGCCGCGGCAAGCUAGGCAGUGAAGCCAGCGCCGCCAGCUGCGCACGCAGCGACCGCCAGCCGGACACCAUGUGCGACCUGCACCCCAACUGUGCGUCGGUCUCGAUGCUGGAGCAGGCGAACGUGGCGCCGAGCGAGCCGAGCACGGCCCUGCCGCCCGGCCUCAUGGCGCUCAGCCACGACGAGUACGCCAAAACGGUGCGCCAGUGCCCGAUCGAGCGCUACUACGACGUCAGCGACACGCCCAUCUCCAUCCCCGGCCACCAUCAGUCACGCGGCCAGCGCUUACACGGCCUAACCUCGGCAAUGAAUCAGCGCGGCCGGCGCGCCCAUGGGACGGACUCCCACCGGCACGCGUUGAGAGGCUCACCUGGAAACGCCACCGGCUCGACCGGCUCGCUCUGA